GUGUGUGUGUGUGUUUGAAGGGAUAAAACCUCACUGAGAAGGAAGCAAACAUAACAGUGUAUGUCUAGCUACAGUAAGAAAAGAAAGAAAAUUUUGAACUGGAAAUUAACAUAGAUGUGCUCCUAGCUAUGUUCAGACUGUUCAUGUGCUAAGAAACCAAGAGGGAUUCUGAGGUUAUUAUAUAAAUCUGAUGUGUGACCAAUAAUGAAGACGACACAGAAUAUUGAGCAGAACACAGGCCAAAGAAAAAGAAACUCCAGCUCUUUUAUAGGCAACACUUAUGCACAUACCUGUGAUGUUAAUAUCCACCCGUUUCCUCACAUUAGCAGUCCUUUCACCGGUGUGCUACCACCAUUUGGAACGUCACAAGCUAUCCUGUUAAGAUUAGCCCAACUUGAAGCUCAACUGAUUUUAAACAUGAUAAGUAACUUUACUGCUGGAAAUCAUAGCAGUGGGAACCCCUUUGCCCUUCUUUGUCUCCUGCAAGCUGCGGGCACUCAGAAAAACCCAUUUUUGACCAUGUAUCAACCCUCAAAUAUUGCCCUUUCUCAUCUAUUGCACAGACGAAAUGUGAAUUACAUAACACACACGGUUAAUCCUCCUUCAUCGAAUUGUCCUAUGAUGUCAUCAGUGACAGAAAUACGUUCAGUGGUUAAUAAUACGCAGAGCUGGAUCGCAACGCAAGGUAAACUGCAAGCAAAAGAGGUCAUUCAGGAGACAAAAACAUGCCUUGGUUUAAGUAGUAACACAACACAGCGUAAAAACCCAUGUGACAGAUUCAAUGCCAGCCAUGUUGCAAGUGUGGAAAGUUUUUCGUGUAAGCCAAUAUCUACCAUUAAAGGUCCCAAUGUAACAAUGUCUACUGAUAGACAAGUUUCAAAAACGCUAUCCUCUACAGCCUUAGAAGAGAGAAAAUCUGAAAAUCUUCCAUCGGAUAAUCUAAGCACGGCUUUAGUCAGCCUUGGCCUUUCACUCGAGGACCUGGAAUUACUCAGUCACUGCCCAGAUGACCAUCUAACAACGGAAAUGCUCCCCCAAAUUAUACGAGACAUGCAACAGCACAAACAACCAAAGAAUACAAUACAAUCUUCACAUAAAAGCAACAUGCCGUGGAGGGUCAUUGAAUACGAUCAUACAAGCGUGACCUCCAAUAAACAAGUAAAAUCACCUAGAGAAUCAGUAUAUAGUUACGGGAAACAUCAUACAGAAAGACAUCAGAAGAUAAGGCAUAGUACAUUGCAGGAAGACCGCCCUAUGUCACAAUCUCGUCCUUCGUCUUCUUCCACCAGUCCUGCUUUACAAAGCCCCUAUGGACACCCGUGUGACAUCCAUUCACACAGCUCCCUCAAACCUAAAAGAUUCAGCUCAUCUGACCUUCAUAAGAAGUUGUCUCCCCAGUCCAGAGUGCUUAAAAGAGAUUCAUCAGGAAGAAGAUUAAGAUUCUUCUCUAAGAGGUUGCAAUGUGGAGUCUCUGAAGUGUCCAUAAGGAGGCCUGGUUCUGUCUCAUCCCCGAGUAUAAAGCAAAGCUUCAUUUCUUCAGGCUAUAAUACAGCAAGAAAUGAUAAAACACAUAGCCCCAGAUCCAUUACUUCGAAUGCUAUGAGAAAAUGUCAUAAUGAGCUCUCGUUUUCAUAUGUGACAUCAGGAAUAACAUCUGAAUCCAUGAGAACUCAUACACCGAGGGGAUUAAUUCGUAUGUCUAGAAUUCCUCUUGACUUUCCUGAAAGUGAACUUAUCAACAUGGCAGCUCCCUUUGGUCACCCUGUUGAAGUUUUAAUAGCAUCUGAAGUGGACAUGGUCACUCAUCUAGAAUGGAAAAAGGCUUUAGUGAUGCUUCCAACUGAAGUCUCAGCACAGGAGAUGGUAAAGGUUUACUCUGCCAUCCCACUUCACAUGAGACAGCAAAGUUUGGAGCUGGUGUCCCAAACUGUAGAUCUGACUUCACCUUUGUCAGUGUUUCAUGCUUUUGUAGGACCAUCAACAUCAAAUGGGCUGCUAACUCCCGUGGACCAUCUGCUGGUGGUAUGUAAUGUACCUCACCAGCCCUCUGCUGUGACUGGAGUCUUACGACUACUAAAACCUUUUGGAAAAGUUUCCCGAACACUGGUGUUUUAUGGAAACAAGGUGGAUAUUGACCAGUGCCUUGGGAAAAGUAUCCAGCUGGUUUUAGAGAUGGAAUCUGCUGCGGUUGCUUUAUCUGUUUAUGAGUGGUCUCAAAAAGUUCCUUGUAUUUAUCACAACCACCAUCUGUCUUUCUUUAGAUGGUCUAAUAUAGAGAAAAAUACACCAGAGUUGUUUCUUUUCUGUUAAGAAUGUAUAUUUUAGUCCUUGGGCACAAUAAAUAGUCUAUUUGUUUGACUUUAA